GGCGUUUCCCUGUGAGGGGAUGCCCGUGCAGUGUAAUGGAGUCUCAGUUGGUGUUCGGCCAUUGAGGGAGCAGGGAGACCUGCGGAGAGCGGACCGGGCGGCCCCAUACCGGCUUCCAUUCGGCGUGUGACGCGUGUUUUCUCCCCGUGAGUCCAUUCCCCCCGGUGUGGCCCCAGCUCCCCGCUGUGUGUGGCCCCCAGGAGCCCCGAACAUGGAGAUGAAGAAGCGGAUCACCCUGGAGCUAAGAAACCGCUCCCCGGCUGAGGUGACAGAGUUGGUAUUGGACAAUUGUCGGUCCAGCGAGAUUGAAGGGUUGAGCGAUGGCUACAAAGAGCUUGAGUUUCUUAGCAUGGCCAACGUAGAGCUGACCUCUCUUGCAAAACUCCCCAAACUGCCUAAACUCCGUAAAUUAGAGCUCAGUGAUAACAGCAUUUCUGGUGGCCUGGAUGUACUGGCAGAAAGGUGUCCUAACCUUACUUACCUCAACUUGAGUGGAAACAAGAUUAAGGAUCUGAGCACAGUGGAAGCCCUUACAAAUUUAAAAAAUUUAAAGAGCUUGGACCUUUUCAACUGUGAGGUCACAAACCUUGACGAUUACAGAGAAAAUAUCUUCCAGCGGCUUCCACAGAUCACGUACCUGGAUGGGUUUGAUCAGGACGAUAAUGAGGCUCCCGACUCUGAAGAGGAUGAGGAUGAUGAAGAAGUGGAAGGCUAUGAGGAUGAAGAGGAUGAAGCUGGGCCUCCAGGUGAAUAUGAAGAGGAAGAUGAUGACGAGGCUGAAUCAGAUUUAGGAGAAGAGGAGGAGGAGGAGGAGGAAGAAGUUGGGCUGUCCUAUUUAAUGAAAGAUGAAAUUCAUGAUGAGGAAGACGACGAUGAUUAUGUUGAAGAUGGUGGCGAAGGAGAGGAAGACGAGGAGGAAGAAGAUGAAGAGGAAGCUGCUGCUGACCAGGGAGAAAAGAGGAAACGGGACCCCGAAGAUGAAGGGGAUGAAGAUGAAGAUUAAAGCAAUUUUGUGUGUGUGUGAAGUGUGAAAGACUAGGACCAGUCCCUUUUCUGAGCCCUGGGGUUGAUGCUAGAAUACAGAUCUGUAUGUCUUUACAUGUAAAAUAGAUGUCCCUACAGAAUUUAACAUGUAACUUUUUAUAGGAAAGCUGUGGUUUUACAAUUUUUGUGCCCUUUUUAUCAUUCCAAAUAAGAUGUAAGAUCCUCUUAGUAAUCUAUAGAAAUGUCCUUCUUGCCCACAUGUAAUGCAAUCCCUGUUCUGGAGGGCUUCCCCAUCAUGCAUUGCAGGCUUGUUUGGGAAUUACAGCAUUUGUCAUUGGUGUUCAGAUGUGAAGUGUUUUUUUCCCCUUAUAACUUAAAGGUUUAAAAAAACAACAAAAAAAAAAACAACAUAAAGACUAUGCUGAAUGACUUCUGGACACCACAAUGAUGCUUUAUACUUAUGGGGCUGCCCCAUUGUAGUUUAAUGCAUUUGACACAAAAUGUGUGGUUCUAGCACCCUUUAUUUUAUUUGUUUAGGCAGGGUAUGCUUCAGCUCUUAAACUUUUUUGGCUGUCAUUGCCGUUGAUUUUAAUAGGUAAAUUUCUUAUCUUUGCGAUAAAAAGGUUUGAUAUUUUGGAGUUACUCACUAACCAAUGCAUUAACCAAUGCAUUGCUCUCCCAACUCCAUCGAAUGCUGGCCCUGUUUAGACUAUUAAUCACUGCUGGCAAUCAGUCUAAAAAUGAUUAGAAUGAGAUCCACAUAGGUAAAAUAUCUAUGAAAUGCUCUGUGUACUAAAAUGUACUUUUUAUUUUAACCCUUCAAACUCGAGAUGUGAGCUAUUUAAAAUACAUGCUUUGGCAAUCACUCAUUUUAUUAUGAAAGCCUAAAUAAACAGAAGACUCUUGCCAUGCCCAAACCAUGUAUUCAUCUUGCUGACUCAUUUGAAUCUGAAUUAUCCUCACUCCCUUGUGUUGGCAAACACACCAUUACUCCCUGGAAUAGAUCUCUACAUGCUGGCGGGCAGCAAACGAAAACGGCUGCCUUACAAUUCAUGUGCUGCCGGUAUGAGCGCAGUUCAUUCAGAAAGGAUCACAAACUGCAUUGAUUACAUUUAGAGCCAACGCUUUCUAAACGAUUUAUCAGCUCGCAGAUGUGUCGGUAAAAUGCAGUUGAUCUGAUGGAGCUCGGCUCUUGCUUAUUUAGCUGCCAACAUGAGUUUACUCUGCCAGCUUCUUUCAUUAUCUUAUUUUUGGUAUUUUCCUCAUUGCGCAGAUGCUUACCCUUUUUAUAUAAAACAUUCAGUGUAUUAAGGCAAUAUUUUUUUUAUUCUGUCUCUAGGAAAGCUAAUCAUGAUGGUGUAACUGUGGGAUCAUAAUAUGAACGGUGCAUUGAGAAUGGAUGAUUAUUUUUGUUUGCACCCAGUGAUUAUCUACAAAUGUUGUCCUAUCAUCUGGCAUUAUAUCAGCAGCUAUUGUUUAACCCUUUCUAUUAUGAAGUUGGGGGACGGUAGGACACCACCUGAAUCUUAGGGUGUCCUGGAAAGUAAAGCUUGUAUUUUUGUUUCAGUACAUGUAGAUGGCCCAUUAUUUAAUGGAAAUUAAAAUUCUGCUUGGACACAAACUACAUUUUACCUAAUAAUGAAGCUACAAAUAUAUAAUAUACCAUCACACUCA